GCCGUCUGGGAGAUGCUUUGGUCUUGCAGGCCGGAGCGGAGCCCUCGGGAUCUUCUGGUUUGGCACAUUUGGCGUUUAUUGUGGACUUGAGCUACCUUAACGUGAUUUCGGAACAAGAUCCAGGAGGAAACCCACAACAGAGAGAAAUUAUGAUUGUGCUAUGUUAAAGUGAGAGCUGUCCCUAAAGCGUCUUCCUGCUCAGAGUCCUUCUGUUUCUUGAGUUAGGUAGGAGACAGGAUGGUUUAUUGUGAGGAGAAGGAGGGGCCCUGGGGCGUGGGAGCCUGUGCCUGGAGCGUGCUGUACCCAGCGUGUGCAAUGCGCGUGGCAGGGGUGGCGAGUCGGGGGCGCAGUAACUCGGCACAACCCCGACCUGCAGGAAGGCGCCUGUCCCUCCUUGUCACCGCACGAGGGCCCAUCCUGCACCCAGCACCAGGAGGGGAGGAGGGCUGCCGCACGCGGCGGGAGCGCUGACCCUGACCACGUGUCUCGGCAGGGAGGCUGGCACCCGGAGCGCCGGGGCAACGGCCAGGAGGUGAACAGCACACGACUGUAGCUUUUAAUAGCUUUCCUUUGCAUUAAUUUUUCAAAAUUUGCAAGCUUAUUUCAUUUUCCAAAUACUCUGCUAAUACGCAUAAUUGCUUUAUAAAUAGUAAAAAGCCAGUUAAAAACAAAUAAAAGUGAACAGUGGUGCAGGGAAAGAGCUGGAAGAAAACCCAGGUUUAGUCCCAGAUGACCCCCUUUUUCUCACACGCAAAUGAACGGCAAUCCCCCUGGCUCUGGUGGAGGGUCAGACCGGAUGUGGUCCCUUAGUGUCCGAGGGUGCUCUGACCGGUUCGGAACCAAACGUGGGGAAGCAUCAGGGGUGUCUAGCCCCCCUGUUACGGUUGAGUUGUGUCCCCCUAAAAAUUCAUAUGCUGAAGUGCUAAACCCCAGCACCUCAGGACGUGAUCGUGUUUGGAGACAGCAUCUUGACAGAGCUGAUUAAGAUGAAAUGAAGUCAUUAGGGUGGGCCCUCAUCCACUCUGAGUGGUGUCCUUGUGGGAAGAGAUCAGGACACAGACAUGCACAGAAGGAAGACACCGGGGGAAGACGACCGCGUUCACACCCAGGAGAGAGGCCUCGACACCUUGAUAUCUGGUUUCCCUUUUCCAGAACUGAGAGAGAUUAGAUUUCUGUGGUUUAAGCCAUACAUUUGUGGCGCUUUGCUUUGGCCACCCUAGGAAAGGCAUCCCCCCACCCCUGGAGGCCAGUCUGUGGGCCAGUCUGUGGGGUGGGGUUGUAAGCUCGCCGUGAGGACCACCCCCUCCUGUAGUCCCGUCUCUCCCUUUCUUUCCUGGUGAGAAGCCCAGGCCGGGCAUCCAUUCAUCUGAGCUGUGGUAGGAGAUGUGCACACCUCUGGGGCGGGUGUUCCAAGAAGAGAACCGUGCAGGCCGACAUCAUUUAUGGACUUGGGUGCGACAACACUUAGGAGAGUAGUGAGACAUACGGCAGCACUGUGAACAGAGCAGGAGCUGGGUUUAUAGCAGAGACGCCUGCCUGCAGGCCAAGAGCCACAGAGACUGGGUGGUGGCUGCCUACCCCAGCCUCUUUUGAGGCCCAUUAAAAUGAUGGUAAAGGCAUUUUAAAAGGACAGUUUUGCCUUUUUACUAAAGGCAAAAGUGCUUAACGGAAAAGACAAGGGGAGGAGAUGGAAAGCAGGGUGACUAACAGCCUGAGAAAGCUGGAGCCUGAGGCAGAGGGGUGGCCCCGUCCUGGCCCGAGCCCAGGGAGGCUCCAGACUGGAACCAGGGUCUUGGGGGUGUUUUCAAGCGGAGGGGUCAGACCCUGACCUCGGGGACCUGGGCUGUGGCAGCUGAGUGCCCAUCUGCAGGUGAGGAGGGAGCAUUCCCUCCUGACAGACCGGCUAAGGCGAGAGACCUCUGGGCACUGGUCUCCCAGGCCCCCAAUGUACCCGCACCGAGGACUGGCUUCUGCUCAGCCCCCGGGCAGCUGUUCAGUGCCUCACUCUUGAAUAUGAGCAGUGGUCUCCAGACGCUUGAGAAAAGCUUCUGAGAGGAAAGACAGUCACUGUGUAAGCAGGAAAAAGGGCGUCGAUACAGAAGAAUGUGUAUGAAAACAAAGACUGAGUCAUGAGGUCCUCUGGGGUAAGAGGAGAAAGAGUUCUUGAUUAAUGAAAUUUUGAUAGCGGAAAUGAAUAAUGCAACGAGCAUUUUAAAAAAUAAAGUUCAGGAAACCUUCCCCAAAGGCACAGAAGAGGAGAGAUAAGAAAAAUAGAGGUUCUUCCAGGAAGCUCAGUAUCUAAGAGCACUUCCGGGACAGGACGGAGGACAGGGAGGCCAGGACAUUGUCAAGGAAAAAUAAAAGACAUGUCCCAGAACUGAGGGACAUAAGCGUACCCGAUGGACUCCACCCCAUCCAUCCUGCUGAGACCCUGGAUGCUUGAAGGGAGGGUGCCUCGGGAGGAGGAGACAAGCGUCCUGCAUGCAGUGGGGAGUCAGGUGGCUGCAGACCUCUUGGCACCGGCACUGGGAGUUAGAAGGCAGUGGAGGGCCAUCGCCAUCACCUGCCGCCCACACACAGCCAGACUUCCAGCCAGGAGCAAGGGCCCAGGGAAAACUCUUGCCGACAACCAAAGCCUUGUUAAAUGUGCUUCUUUGUGAUUGUUCUCAGGAAGAUGCUGGAGAAUGUGCUCCUCAAAACCAGAGGAAAGCUGGGGAAGCGCCGCCUUGAGGAUGGACCCGGCAGACCCUCCUGGCGACCCCGCUGCCGGCGACCCCGCCGCUGGAGACACAGACCCCGCUGGCAACUCCACUGGCAGCGAGCGCCGUUGCACAGGCCAGGACCCACUCCUGUUCCAGCAGGCCCUGCAGACACUGUGGUCCACGCGAGAGCUGCGGCAGCUCCGGGAAGAGGCCUGGCGGGGGUUUGCUGCCCUGGAUGACCCACUGACCGGACUCCUGGACAUGCUGGAAGGCAGCCAGGCCUGGCAGCGGAAGGGCCCCUCCCUGGAGGCCUGGGUAGUCUGUGAGCUGCACCGCUGGCUGCAGGCACGGCCACUCCCUGCGCCGGCCCGGCACAGCUCAAGGCUGCAACAGCUACAGGCCCGUGCAGUCAGGGUCCUCGCCAGGAGCCCCCCUAGUCUCGUGGAGCCACUGGUCAGCAUCUUCCAGCUGCAGGACGCAGACCGGAGCCCCCUGCUGACUCACAUCCACCAGCUCCACCAGGAGGGCAAGUUCAAAGAAGCCGUCGUGCUGGGCUCCAGGCUGAAGUUGCAGCCAGCACUUGAUGUUGAAAAGAUGUGCACCCCACUGCUCCUCCAGGACAGAGUGAGCCUCGUGGAGCGUUAUGUGGCCGGCUUCCCGGACCUCCAGAGGAGGCUGCUGGCCCUCCUGGACUCCUGGUGCCGGCCCGGCUUUGACAUCGGAGUUGUUGCCAGGCAGCACCCACAGGUGACCUCGAGGCUGGAGAGGCUGAGUCCCAGAGUGCUAAGUCGGCGGGUCCUGAGCCAGCUGGAGCGGCUGGGCCUGGACCCGGCUCUGUGUCCCAACGCUGCCACUCAGCAGCGCCUGGCCGCCCUGCGCUACCUGUGCUAUAAGCGGUUUGUGGAGAGAAGUAUGUCUCAGGAGAACUGGGUGGACCACGUGCAGGGCCUGGUGGGCCGGGAAGAGUGGCCCCAAGAGACGGUAGUGCAGCUGCUGGCCUCCCCCGGCAACGAGGCCGUGGCCGCGCAGUGCGCCCUGGGCCUCUCAGUGCCCGAGGAGCAGCUGCCAGCCACAGUGGCUGCCGAGCUCCGACGGCUCGAACUCCAGGAGAGGGUGGCCGGGGCGCCUUUGGAGGACAGGAAGGGUGAUUACUACCAGCUGCCCAUCGCCAGGGAGGACAUCCACUUCCUGGCCUCUUGGGAGGACUUGGCCAGGCAUGAGGAGGCGUUGCUGCAGCCCGGCCAGGUGGUCGGGGUAGACGUGGAGUGGAGACCCUCGUUUGGCACGGGGGGCCGGCCCCAGGCAUCAGUCAUGCAGUUGGCAGUGGAGGGCCGCGUGUUCCUGAUGGACCUGCCUGUGCUCUCGCGGCCAGCGGGAGGGCAGGUGUCGAAGGCCUUCUCCAGGCUGGUGUCCCGGCUGCUCUCGGACCCCUCCGUCACGAAACUGGGUUAUGGGCUGGCGGGGGACCUUCGGAGCCUGGGUGCUUCCUGCCCGGCCCUGGCGCACGUGGAGAAGCAGCUGCGGGGCGGCCUGGACCUGCUGCGGGUGCACAGGCAGAUGCGGGUGGUGAACAUGCCAGCUGGAGGCACGUAUGAGGCCAGGGGGCUGCGGGGCCUCAGCCUCCUGGUGCAGCAGGUCCUGGGCAAGCCCCUCGACAAGACGCAGCAGCUCUCUAACUGGGAUCGGCGGCCGCUGAGCGAGGGGCAGCUGGUUUACGCAGCUGCUGACGCCUACUGCCUGCUGGAGGUGCACCAGGCGCUGAACAGAGAGCCUGCCAGCUUCUCCCUGUCUGAGGACCUGGCCAGGAGCCUGCAGCCAGGGUGCAGUGAGAGACCGGGGGCCCGGGAGCCGCCCCGCCUGCAGGAGGCCUCAGCCCUGCCUUGGCAGGUGCCUGUGGCCGAGCGCGAGGACGCCGCUCCAGAGGUCCCGGCCAGGGCCUUCCGCGUGGUGUGCGACAACAUGCUGCAGGGGCUGGCAAGGAGCCUCCGCUGCCUGGGCGCGGACGUGCGCGUGCUGGGCACCAACGAGGACCACCGAAGGGCAGCUGAGGUUGCCAGGCAGGAGGGAAGGAUCAUCUUGACGUCGGGGCUGCCAUACCACAAGCUCCGGGCCCAGGUCGGGGCUGGGCGCUGCCUCUGGGUGGACUGCUCCCUCAAGGCCCGUCAGCAGGCUAAGGCCGUGCUCAGGCAUUUCAACGUUCGAGUCACCCACGCAGACAUCUUCAGCCGCUGCCAGCUUCAGGUACAGCCUGUGCCGACCCCGGGUCCCCGGCCCUGCCAGAAAUGACUGCGGUCAUCCCAGUGGCGGGAAGUGCACCGCGGGGCCUUUUCCUUCAGCGAGCUCUGGCAGGACAGGAACCUUGUCUGCGGCCUCUCUUUGUCUGUGCUCAAGCCGACAAGUGUUGUAAAGACCCCAGGACGUCCGGGAUGCCUGGGAGGCAUUUUAAUGAGCUUUUCAGAGCCUCUGCUGCUAAGUUUUCUUGAGAAAACAGGAAGUUGGGUAGCUGGGAGGAAACCCCCACCCGUGCCCCGGGAAGCCUCAUGCUGGGGAGCAGGCUGACCUCCUUCAGGCCUGCGAGGGCACCGAGGGCAGCCGCACACGGAAGAGUGUCCAUGGCCCCACCUGCCCCUCCGCCCUGGGCAGUUGUAGAGCCCCCCUGCCCUGCCAGGUGCGAGGGGCAGGAUGCAGAAUGUGCCCCAGGGAGGUGGGGUGGGUGCAGUAUGGAGCCAGUUCAAAGGCUGGGAGGCAGAGUUGCACCAGCCCUGAUAGGGGACCAGCAAGUGCCCUGGCCAGAGAGGGCAGCUCUCCAGCACCCCAGGACAGAAGACAACCCACCGGGGGGGGACACCAUCCGGGGGCACAGAGGUGCUAAGACCUAUUCUGGCUGCAGCAGGUAGCGUGGGGGGAGGGAGUCCAGGUGAGAGGUGGCAUCUGUAGCAGGUGAGGAGUGGGCUCGGGUUUCAGGCUUUGCCCCUGGCCAGCAGGGAGGGAAGGUGCUGGGUCUGGGCUCCCUGGGGUCUUGGUCUGGAGGCCCACGCAUCAGGCCCUCUAGGUUGGGGACGGGCACGGGGAAGGGGAAGCCUCGGCUCAGGAGCUCUGCCCAGCACUGUCCUUAUUUGAGGUAUAUACGCAUUCCGCCAAGACUAGCUGGGGAGGAGGACAGACAGGGUCCACGACUUGGUGCCAUGUGACUGCACUGGCCAAGAAGCAGAGGGCAGCCACCCCAGGCUCGAGGGGAGAGCGGGAGGGGGCGUCCCAGGCAGAGACCCCUGUGUGUGGCUGCAGUCAGGCGCUGGCUGACAGGCAGCAGGCAGGAGCACAGGUGUAAGGCUGCAUGUGGACGCCUGAUGGGCCUUUGUCAAGAAAGGGCCCAGAGAGCUUCUGGUUCCAAGGCUGGCCAGUGGCCUCCAGCUGAGCUCAGCUCCAAAAGAAAGUGUGCUGGGUGUGCCCCAGGGCAGGACCCUCCCUGGGUGGCAGAUAACUGUGUGGGAGGGUCCAGGAAUGUGCACAAGGAGCCUGAAAGGCCAACUUUAUGGAGCCAAGUGGGCAGAGAAAGGGGUUUCUGAGAAGCCAGGAUUUCUAAAUUUGGAACUGGCCAUGGUCACCACAGAGACAUCUGGGGAAGCGGUGGGAGGACUAAGCUUACUCUGUGUCAGGGAGCUGGUAGUAUUAAUGCUUGGGCCUGAGGCCGGGGUCCCCACGCAUGUUCUCAGACCAAAUACCCGGUCAUUGUGAGCACAGGUCUGGGCAGGCCUCCGGCCACAUUCCCACCCAGAGCUCCUGGAGCCCCUCCGCCACGGCAUUCCCAGCUGAACCCCAGGAGCUCAGCCUGAGAAACAGCCAGGAACGCCCAACCACCCCAUCCUGCACAGUGGCCACCCCUACUCCCCACCCAGUGCCCCGCUGUUCUCAGGGCCAGGCAAGGUAGAUGGGUGGCGAGCACCGAGAAGCCCCGAAGAGGUGCCCCACAGACGUUCCCAGGCGAUGGCCCAAAGCUCAGCGAAGCCACUAGGCUGGCUCCACGUGGCCCCAUGGGCUAGACUGGCUUUCGAGCCGGUCUGGACAUGAGAAAGUGCCGGCCGCUGACCAGCAGGGAGCGUCACACUCAGGACUGACCCAGGGAGGGCCUCUGUCCUCAGGGCCCCGCCCUGUGCUCCAGUGGGGCCUGUGCACCCUGGACGCUGGCUCAGAGCCCCUGCCGCCCGGCCCGGGCUGGAGCUGGCUGUCUCCCUGGAGACCUCCCACUGCCAGGCUGACUUUCCAUUUUCUUUUCCUUCCUUAUGCUAUUUUAGUGCCAUUCCCGGAGGGAAAACCCACUCGACACACAGGCAUUCCCAGAGUGAGCCUGGCCACUCUCUGGGCUGGGGCAUCAGGGUCCAAGGCGGGAAGCAAGUCAGAAUGGGAGAGGGCUGGUCCAGGCCUGGGCUAGGUGCCCGGCCAGGGGCCCAUGGCCGUGCCCCACUCUAGUGCCCAGCACCUGCCUCCAAGCUGUGUUGACACUUGGCAUGUGCCUUGGGCACAGGGUCCGCUUUCUGGGGCAUCUGCACAUGAGGACAGGGAGCCACGUGGUGGAGGCCAGAGGUGGGCAGGGAGGCUCGGGUGAGGGGGUGGUGGGUCUCCUGUGGCGGGCAGGGUCAUGGACCCCUGAAAAUGGCCACCUGGGCCUGGGAUCGUCUGUCAGGAACAUCCGCCAAAUGGAUGUUCCCAGUGCCGUCCGCUAUGGGAAAAUAUUUUAUCAAAGAGAUUGGAGUUAAAAAAAAAAAAAAAAAAGCGUAAGCAGGAACCCCUGACAUGGCCCAAGUGUAAUGUCUAUUUUUACUGUCCCUCUGGUCCCCCUCCGCUAUGGUGGGGAGCAGGCUGUGGUCCCCGUGUGCAAGUAGGGCGUGUCCUAGGAGUCAGUGACGUUGGCCUCCGGAAGCGGGCACCCGGGAGGAGAGGCCACUGCAGGACGGUGACCCUGCCUUGGGGAGCUCUCAGGCAGUGCUGGCCACAGGGUCCCCAGGAGACGGAGGGUGCUGGGCCAGAGAGGAGCCUGCAGCUAGAAGAGGUCGGGCCUCAGGCUACAGGCUCACAGACACUCAGGACACAACAGGGCUGGGCGGGGGGCCCCCGGGGUGGAGGUGGACACCGGCCCAGACUGAUGCCUGGCAGGGGACGGAUGCAAGCAGAGGGCUCCCCUGGCCUGGGGAUGUGAGGGGGACUGCAGGCGGCCACCUCCCAGCACCCAUGCCCAGAACCUGGGGCAGCGGGGACACCUGUGCCCAGCCCAUUCCUGCAGACCCUCCCUCUUUCCUGACGACCAGACUAGGGACCGACAGGAAGAGGGGCAGUGGCCGCUGACCCCGCCCCUCCCCAGCCUUUGUGUCCCGUGGCCCCCAGCCCCGUUCCCACACUCCGUGCCCCCAGGGUCACACAGGCACAAAGGCUGCAGGAGGGGUGGCCACCACCCUGCACAGGGAGAGACCCUGGCCCGCCGGCUCCUAGGCGGCAGGGGGAGCAGCGGGGGGCUCUGGGGGAGGAUGGGUUGGGGGCAGCUGGCGUCGGGUUUCCGUGCCGACAUGGGGCUUAAGGACAGUGGGGUCCACCAGGCAGGUUUUGGCAGGGAUUAAGGCCAGUGCGCCCCCAGGCUUGGGAUGCUAGCCAGGGUGAUGUCCCAGUGCGGUCCCUGGGGGCUGACAACAGGGUGGGCCCAGGCCCCACAGCCUGCAGGGCCACCCCCCUGCCCUGCCUCCCUUCCAGAAAAGCCCUGGUCCCCGGCCAGAGCCCAGCUUCAGUUCCCACCAGAUGGCCCUGGGGACUAAGGGCCCGGGCCCAAUGGCCUGCCCCCCCCCCCCCAGUUUCUGGUGGCUCCGAUCUGACCCCAGCCACUUUAGGAAGGGCCCUGGCACUCCUGGGUCGCACCCCUGGCCCUGGCCCGUCCAGCAGUCAGCACCGCCUGCUUCGUCUCCACGAGACCCUCAUCCUCCAUGGCUACACAAGUGGCACCUGUGCCACCUCGCGAAGUGGCCUGGGCUGAGAGGAGGCCCUAGGGCCAGUCCUGUGCUCAUGGCCUUGAGACCUGCCAGGGCUCCUCUGGGCCAGUGUCCGGGAGGGUUGACGUGUGAGUCCCCCCAGCCCAGCUCACGCCAGGCGCCCAGCCGGGUACCCGGCCCCUCUCUCCUUCACACAUCAGUCUGUGUGGGCUAUGCUCCAAGACCCGGCCGUCAGCGAUCAUGUGCUUCUUAAUGGGCCUUCCCUCCAGCGAUCUGGAGGCCCAUCUGGAUGGGGCUUCUCUGGCUGGACCCCCGGAAUGUUGAUGGAAAAGUGAGCCCACGUCCUGUUCACUUUCAGAAGGGGUGACAGGCUGGCCUGGCUACGCUGUGAGGGGACCACACUCGACACAGGGCCACGGGGCACACGUGCUCAUCCAGUGUCCACAGGUGUGUGGACACUCAGCAUGCAGGUGGACUGUUGGUGGCCUGGACAGACGCAUCCAUGGCCCCGAGUCAGGCCAGUGUGCCCUGGGCCUGAGGAGCUGGUGCAGGCCAAAGACAGACCCCUGGGAGUCUGGGGCAAGGACGGUGGGGAGGUUCCCUCAGGCAGGACAGUGCAGGCCUAGCCAUCUGGGCCAGGGCGUCCCUCCGCUGGUCAGCUGGCGGCCACAUGUACCAGAGGAUGGGCCAGGCAAAGCUGGCCGCGGGGGCACCCCCAGUGCUGUCGUCUUGGGCCUGCGGCCAGUUUAAGACACCUCGGACAGUGAAACCACACCUGGCGCCCACGACACACUGUCUGGGGGUACGGUCGUGUCUCUGAGGACCUAGGUCCUUCCCCCUCUCCGCUCCACACCUCCACACCCGCUGCGCAGCCCCCAGCCACGGAGCUGUCCAGAACCACUGGCCAGACAUGGCCGAGGACCGGGCUCUGAAGAAGUGGAGGGAGGGCAGAGCCCCUGGUGACCAGCCGGGCCUCCAGGCUGGAGAGCAGAACAGCCCCACACCGGCCGAGGGAGCCUGGGGCUCAGGGACUGAGGCACACCGAGGCCGCACACAGCCAGCUUCGGGGUUACCGGCAGGCUGAGACAGACACCCUGCCCCUGGUGUCGGCACCCCGCAGCCUGCGGCUAAAUCGUGUGAAAUUCACAUCUCAGCGUCCGCAAAUAGUUGUCUUGGCAGCAGCCCUGCCUGUGUGUCCUUACACUGCCCACAGCUGCUUUCUCAGGGACCCAGCGGCCCUUCCAGGGGACUGACCCUUGCCUGGGGGCCUGGCUGGCAUCUGACCGGGGAGGUGGGCACUCUUCUUCCUUUUGAACGAUUGCCAGCCCCAAAGCAGAAGUGGGGCCCAAGAGCCAGGGGGCAGUGAGCUGCGUGGUGGGUGGCCACGGGCCUGGAUGGGGACGGCAGGCCUGAGAGCACGGAGCCACUGUCCACUCAACCCUAGAUACAGAAAGAAAGGCCUGGCUGGCCUCAGGGGUGUAAAGCCAGCGGCAGCCAGCCCCCCUUGGGGCUGCAGGGAGAGGAGGCCAUGGGCACCCAUGGAUUGGGUCUGGGGAGGGCCCACGGGUGGUAAAACAGGGUCUGCCAGGCAGGGACCAACGGCUGGAUGGCUGGUGCAGCAGGGCGCUGGGGGGGCAGGGGGGGCGGGGAGGGGGGCAGGAACAUCCAUGAGUCACCCGCACUGCCCCCCCCCUCCCGCCCAGCCUCUCUUCCCUCCCUGGCUGGGGCUGGGGAGUGGCGCAUAUCCCCUCCUCCCUCCCUCCCAGGGGGCCCUGCUCACUGCCCACUGUGAGCGGAGCACAUUCAGGACAAGUGUAGACCCCAGAGGUCACUGAGGGCAGAUGGGGCGUCCGAGGCAGAGCAGCAUGCCUGGAGGGCCCUCUGCUCUGGCAGGAUGGGGGCUGGGUGUGACCCCAGCCAGCCAGGGACAGGGAGGGGCCUUGGAAGAGUAACCCCACAAAGGGAGACAGGCCUGCUCGGCCAAGCCCAAACUCCUCCCUUGAGGUGGGGGAGUAGGUGGUGCAGGGUCCUUCAGGGAAGUGGGGGGAGUCAGGCUCCAGCAAGGACUGCUGCUUCCUCCCCUCAUCUUGGAAAACGCAUUUCAAGGCAUAGGUGUGGUGGAAGGAGCCGCCUCUCUUAGCCUGACUCAGUGGCCCUGGGAAGAGGCAGGGAGGAGAGGGCCAGGGGACCCCUGCCCUGUCUCAGCCCCCACUCAGGCUGGCUCCCCACAGUGCUGGGCCCACCGUACUGUGGCCCCCUUGGCACCUGAUCUCCCACCCUCCCCACUUGGUCCACCAAGCCCCAGGUUGUCUGUCACUUCCUCCAGGAAGGCCUCCAGGCCCCCAGCCCAAUCUCUAGAGCAUCACCACUCUUUGGAGGAGUACUUUGGGGGCUCCUCUCUCCCUUGGCUGGGAACACAGUAGGGCAGGCCUGCUGUGAGUGAAAGGCAGGCCCCACAGACAUUCAGACAGCUUCAGACCCCAGGCUUCAGGGCUCCAGUUCCCUUCCAGGCCGCUGCCUGCUGUCUGAGGGCUUGGCUCCACUUGUCUGUUGAAGGGGGACAACCAGAGCUGAUCCCGGCUGGCACAGCCUCGGGGCCCCUCCCCAACUUCCUUAGCCUGCCCCCCCCGCCCCCGUUGCCUCCCUUGGCCCUAGGUGGGAGGGGUACCCCAGCCCCCCUGGCCCCGGGUCCUGGCGCGGGAAGGCAGGCGCAACCGUUUGCUUUUGAAUCUCGGCCGGGUGUCCUGAGUGGCCCUUUCAAAGGCCGGCCGGGGGCGGGGGCCGUUCCCAGGCGCGCCCCGCCCUCCCCGCCCGCCCCUCCUCCCGCUUUCCCACGCGGCCCGGCCGCCGGCUGGUUCUCACGGCCCGCUGCCCCUCCCCCGUCUGGGAACGGGCCGCGCUGCGCCCGCCGC